UCGCGUAAUAAAGCAGCUGAGAAGCCAGAGAGAGAAAGCAGUUCUCGUCUUCUCUUGCAAUGAAUCUACCUGUUCAGAAGAACACUCUCUAUGUUGGGGGUUUGGCGGAGGAGGUGAACGAGUCGAUACUCCAUGCGGCGUUCAUACCGUUCGGCGACAUAAAGGACGUGAAGACGCCGCUGGAUCAGGCCACCCAGAAGCACCGAUCCUUCGGCUUCGUCACUUUUCUAGAGAGAGAGGACGCAGCCGCCGCCAUGGACAACAUGGACGGCGCUGAGCUCUACGGCCGUGUCCUUACAGUCAACUACGCCCUACCGGAGCGCAUCAAGGGUGGUGAACAGGGUUGGGCCGCUCAGCCCAUUUGGGCGGAUGCCGACACAUGGUUUGAACGGCAGCAACAAGAGGAGGAAAUGCAACGUCUUCAGGCAGAGAACCGGGCUACAAUGGAGGCAGCAGAGGAGCUGCACAGAAAGAAAAUGGCUCAGGAUAGAGAAGGGGAAAAGGAAGAAGAAACAGAGACCAAGAAUGACCCUAUGGCAAUAGCUGAAGCAGAGGUUUUGAAUGAGAAUAGUUCUUAGUUAUAAUGCGGCAAUUCAAUGUUGUCUUUCGCAACUCUUAACAAUUUCAUUUUUGACUUGUAUUAUUGUAUAGACUUUACUCUUUGGUUCAAAUGGUCUCCUGUGUCAAUUUCAUAUUCUGAUUUCACAA